GCUAGUACUAGUUUAAAAUGGAUACGUUGUAAUUGGCGAAAACGAAAAUUUGAAUUUAGUUCGGAAGCGGAAAGAACAAAAGCAUUGAAUGAAUGGAGAAGCACGAAAGUGAAGUAGAAGAUCCUAUCGCAAACUAUUCUGGUCUUUCUCUCUUUCGUUCAACAUUUUCCCUUCAACCUUCUUCCAAUCCCUUUCACGAUCUCGACGCCAUUAACAACAAUCUCAGAUCCAUGGACUUGGGAAGUCCUACUAGACUUGCAGAGCAGGGACAGUCCAUAUUAGAGAAUAAUUUGGGAUUCAACACAGAAAACUUAACUCAAGAUGUGGAAAAUGAUGAUGUUUUUGCUGUGGAAGAGGGUGAAGAAUUUCCUCGAAAACGGAGACCGGGUUUAGGCCUCAAUCGUGCACGUCCGCGUUUCUCGCUUAAGCCGACCAAAAAGCCCUCUGUUGAGGAUUUGUUACCGAGUUUGGACAUAAAAGACCAUAAAGAUCCUGAGGAAUUCUUCUUGGCCCAUGAACGGCGGGAGAAUGCAAGAAGAGAGUUGCAAAAGCAGUUGGGUAUUGUAUCUUCUGAGCCAAAUCAAGAUUCAACUAAGCCCCGGGAUCGUCGACCGGGACUUCCAGGGUUUAAUCGGGGGCCAGUUAAAUACAGACAUAGGUUUUCCCAAGAAACUUUGGACAAUAAUGUUGAUGUCCUAUCCUCCCAAGAGGUGUUUGAAUCUGACAAUCUUGAUCUCGUUGGUGAUAACACUGACACAGGCGAUGCUUCACCUACAUCAUUGGAUAAUGAAGUAGCUGGUUCACCAGCUGUUGAAGAGAACAAGGGCAAUGACAUUUUACAAGGAUUGCUUACUUGUAAUUCUGAAGAACUAGAGGGGGAUGGCGCAAUGAAUCUUUUGCAGGAGAGGUUAAAUAUCAAACCCAUUGUUUUCGAGAAAUUAUCUGUGCCAGACUUCCCAGAUAUCCAACCGAUUGAUCUAAAAUUUUUGCGAGAGAAUUCGUCAAAGCCAAGAAAGGCUUUAUCCAACAUAGAUAAUUUGUUGAACAGAAUAGAUAUUAAGACACCUCUUAGGCGGGAUGUAGGAUACACUGAAAAGCAGUUAGGUUCCCCCACGCCACCAAGAAGUCCAUUUGCUUCGCUUUCAAAAUUGCAGAAGCAGAUUUUACGGUCAAAGCCAUCAGUGGAUCCAUUUUCAGCUCAUGAAAUUGAUCAUAUUUCUAAAAGAAACUCUUCACCAACUGAUACCAUAAACCAGGAAGUCAAUAUUGUUGGUUCUAGUAAGCCGGCAGAUGAGCUGAGUGCACCUGUAAUUGAAGAUGUUAUUGCUGCUGGUGAGACAAAUACAAUUCUGGACACUUCUGAAAAAUCCAAGGAAGAAGUUUCGAGGAAGUCAUCAGAACAAGUUAAUGCACCUUUAAUUGAAGAUAAAGUUGGUGUUAGUGAGACAAGUUCGGUUGACAAUCCUGUCAUAAAUUGCACCAGUACUCCUCUAAAGUCCAUGGUGGAUAAUUCAAGGGAACCUGAGUUUAAUGCUAAUGUUGACUCAAAUGAACCUCCUGUUGACAUGGAUGUAGAUAUUGGAAGCAGUGGUAUGGGAAAGAGAGCUAUGGAUGACAUAGUAGGAAGGCAAAAUGUUGAGCCACAACCUUACCAAUCCGAGGACAACCUGCCAGAAAAUAUGCAUGAAUUUACAGCUUCUCUACCAACAGAUGAUGCAAAUCUGAACUUGGUGAUUCCACUAGCUGAUCAAUCAAAUGCUUCAAAUCAAGACGAGCAUCAAGCCAAUUCUAUGGACAAAAGGUCUGGAAGAUCCAAUGAUGGUCCAGAACUGAGUUUACAGGAAAACACAGUUGGUUCUGUGGCACCUGUUAAUGGGCAAAAGAGAGUUAAAGUAUGUGCACAGAAAGUGUCCAAGGGUAAGAAGAGAGAACAGCACAGGAUGAGCCUUGCAGAUGCUGGUACAUCAUGGGAGUCUGGAGUAAGGAGAAGCAAAAGGUUCAGGACAAGGCCUUUGGAAUAUUGGAAAGGGGAAAGAAUGGUGUAUGGCCGUGUACAUGAGAGUUUGAGUACUGUCAUCGGGGUGAAGCGCUUUUCUCCAGGAGGUGAUGGGAAACCAAACAUGAAGGUGAAAUCAUUUGUAUCUGAUAAAUACAAACAGCUUUUUGAGAUAGCUUCCUUAUAUUGAAAGUGCUAUUUGAGAUGACUUCUUUAUAUUGAAAGUGAAAAGAGAGCUUUAUGUUUUCUCUUUCUUUCUUGAAUGACUUAUCUUUAGUCUAUUAAUGGAGUUCACAUGUAAAAAGUGUUCUUUCGAUGAAUGAAGUGAUACUUAUAAACAUCCAGAAUUCAGCAAUGGCCUUUUGUUUUUAUAAUCUGUCAGCAAUGAAAUUAACCAACAUGACUAAAUUUUCAGUACUAAUUGAUGUGAUGUAAUAAACUGAAUUGUGAUUAUGUGGUUGUA